AUGGGUAUAUUGUUGGAUUCGAACGUGUAUGGACCCAAACUGAAGAAGGUUGAUGAAAGGGUUCUUCACACUGCCAAUCAGGAUGGUGAAAUAGGCGAGGAUGGUGCAAAAGCUCUCCCUGAGGAUGUCGGCAGUGGCCCUGAGGAUGAUGCCACAGCUCUUCCUGAGGAUAGCGGCAGUGGUCCUGAGGAUAGCGGCAGUGACGCUGAGGAUGACGGCAAUGGCGAUGGUGGCAGUGACGCUGAGGAUGGCAGCAGUGCCCUGGAUGAUAGUGGACCAUUUGGCGGACGUGCGGUGCAAGUGUUGGCCAUUUGUGCAAACUUCCCUAUCUACGAAAUCAUCGGCUCUGACUGGCAGCAAGCUCGGUACAUCUACGAGCGUCGUGAGGGGGAAGUACAAGAGGAAGGAAUGGUCGAUUUGGUGCCCACUGGGCCCCAUAGAAUUUUCAUGGCUUGUGGUUACUUCCGCGUGAAAGUUUAUACCGACCACGGAUCUGGUCCUCCUGUCAUCACAGAGGCGUGGGACGUUCAAGAAGACGAUAGAAUUAAGGAAUACACACGAACCAUCCGUGCAGGCCCUGGCAGCAAGUUGAAGAUCACAUACUUGGUGAUUCCCAAGGCCAUAGAGGCCAAUGUUGAGGUCAACUUAAAGUUGAAAGGCCUCGGUUCUAGAAGCCGUGCCAUUUAUGGUAAGAUCAAGGCAAGCGUUCCUCACUAUAGGAACAAAAGCAUCCCGCUCUUCAGUUGUGAACGAGGGACAAGCUUGUCCUUUCCCUCUGGCUCCACAUCCAUUCUUCCGUUGAGUCUGUCUAGGAUUGCCGUGCCAUCUCUUUGGCAGCUCCAACUCCACAUACAAGUGGACCUGACAGUGAUCACAUAUGAUAGUCAAGAAGAGCAGGACAAGAAUUUAAAAUUCAGUCUAGAAUUCACCCGUGAAAUUGUGAGCCAAGAAAGAGAAGUCGACGAUGAUCAAAUUGAAGUGAAGAUAGUGUGGGACCAGAUUUAUUGA